AAGGAAACCCAACUUCAUAAAGAGCGCAUCUCUCGGAAGUCUUAUGACGCCUAUGGAAAGUUUCUAAAAUUUCAGCAGCCCCACUCGGAGCUGGAGAAACUUUUCAUGCGCUGCAUCUCUAUCGGUGCUCAUCCUUCGUAGUUGAAGCAGGCUCUUAUUCGCUUUCGCGAUGAGACCGUGGCCGGGGGUCGUAGUGCUUUUCUUAGUGGCGGGCCCCUUUUGGGGACCCGUGGCCGCUAUCGAGCCGGUUUCGAUGGCAGUCGGAGGGGUAGCAAUCGCCGCAUCGGCGGGCUUAGCCUGGUUCAGUGCCUUCAAAUGUCGGCACGAAGAAUGUUGCGAAGAACCGUGGAUCAGAAGAAUAAAAUGCACGGGUCAGGGUAAAGGAGGCAAAGACGUCAAGGACAGUAACGUCACCCUCGAGGAGAACGACUACCAUUAUUUGGAACACGUUCUGAAGCAGUCUCUGCACGGGCAACCCCUCGUUUACGCUUCGGUGCCCGGUGCGGUUGCUCAACAUCUUUGCAAUCCGAAUCCGAAGAAAGCUCUAGUAAUGUCUUUCCAUGGAUGGACCGGCGGUGGUAAGAACUAUGCAUCGAUGUUGCUCGCCAACUACUUGUACAAGAAAGGCCUCGAAUCCGAUUACGUGAAGCUUUAUGUGUCGACGCUCCACUUCCCGCACAGCGACGAGAUCGGUCGAUACAAGCGGAAGCUCCAGAAAGAGAUCGUCGACCAAGUGAAGAAGUGUCCUCGCUCUAUGUUCAUUUUUGACGAAAUCGACAAAAUGCCGGCUGGUCUCAUCGAUAUCAUUAAACCGUUUCUGGACUUCCACGUAGCUCUUGACGGAGUGGAUUACAGAAAAUGCAUAUUUGUCUUCUUAUCGAACACCGCUGGAGAUUUGAUCGCUCGUCAAGCUCUUACAUAUUGGAAGAACGGCAUCGAAAGGAACAAGAUCUCACUCAAGGAGAUGGAAGCGGUGAUCGGGCUGGGCAGUUUCAACGAGAAGGGCGGCCUCUACAGAGCCGACAUCGUCGAUAAGAACCUCAUUGACGUGUUCGUUCCGUUCCUGCCGUUGGAAAAACGUCAGAUCAACCAAUGUAUUCGCGAUGACUUCGUAAGGAAGCACGUUGAACCGACAAGAAGAAUGGUCGACACGAUCGCGAAGGAAUUGGAAUACAUUCCGGCGGAUUACCAGUUGUACUCGUCGACUGGAUGCAAGAAAGUUCAACACAAAGUGCAACAGUACCUUCACGGUGGAGUGAGCGACGAGGAGGAGGAUUCCGGCGAGGAAGACGAGUAAAUUCUUCCAAGGUCUUACACUCGCGACACCAUGUCCACCUCCCACUGCCAGCAGACGGCAUUGCUCAAAAAGCUGCCACGGUGUCAUUGACCGUAGUUUCUAGUCGAAAACCCACAAACCUUAGCUUCGAUGACGGCUAAGAUUUGCCACUCAACAUGUGAAUUCAACUCGAAGGGUUGCCACUGGUUGGUUAAGGAUAUAUUCUUCGUGAUAGGCAGGCGGCGAGCUUCAGAAGCGAGCCGCCCGCAAGGAGAAUCCGAUCGUUCGAGAUUUGUUGCGCUUUGUUUGACUAAAUUCAAUCUAAUAUUCAUCGGUGGUUAUGGUUUUACAUUUAAGUUACUCUGUUGACUGACACAUCGUUCAUCCGAUGAUGGAAUACUCGGAUCGUUGUAGAGAAGAAUUCUUGAGUCCUUAAACGAAGAAGGAGGGGGCGAGAGAGGAAGGAAACAGAGAGGAAACAGGGAAAGAGGGAACGGAAUGCACAAGCUUCGGAAGUGCCUUGUUAGAUCAUCAGCCAAGUUGUGUAUAUAUCCAUGGACAAUGAACACCUGUUGGCGAGUCAAAAUUGUUCGUGCCGACGAAGUUUGAAUAAAUUUUCAGUUUUUUA